CGCUUUGGUCCCGGCGCGGGGGUGCGCGGGGGGUGAGACCAGGCCCGCUCAGCCUGAUUUACGGCUCUGCUGAAAACCGCUUCGUUCCCGCAGCAGUAGCACCGUCGUGGCAGCAGCAGCAGCUGCAGCAACAAGUCGGGAACUUUUAGAGUAAUGCAACAGAAGGCCUUUGAGGAAAGCAGAUACCCCUGGCAGGAGUCCUUUGAGAAUGUCGCUGUGUGCCUGCCUUUCCGUUGCCCGAGGUGUGGGGACCAUACCAGAUUUAGAAGCCUGUCCUCGUUGAGGGCCCAUCUGGAAUUUAGUCACAGCUACCAGGAGAGAACCCUCUUGACAAAAUGCAGCCUCUUUCCAUCCCUCAAAGACACAGACCUGGUCACUUCCUCCGAACCCCCGAAACAGGGAAAAUUGCAGAGCUGUGGCAACAUAGUAAAGCAGAAACCGAGCUAUGUUAACUUGUAUAGUAUUUCGCACGAACACUCCAAGGACAGGAAGCCAUUCGAGAUGGUGGCAGAGAGGCCUGUGUCGUACGUGCAGACCUAUACUACAGUAGACCUACGUGCAGACUCGCCGGAUGCACCGAGGGCCAGUCCAGGCCUUCCUGCCUCAGACACCAAAGCAGCUUUCGAGGCACAUGUCAGAGAAAAGUUCAGUCGGAUGGUCGAGGCUGUGGACAGGACCAUAGAGAAGAGGAUUGAUAAACUCACCAAAGAACUGGCCCAGAAAACUGCUGAACUGUUGGAGGUUCGGGCGGCAUUUGUGCAACUGACGCAGAAGAAGCAGGAAGUUCAGAGACGAGAGCGAGCCCUGAACAGACAGGUGGAUGUGGCCGUGGAGAUGAUCGCAGCCCUGAGGCAACGCCUGACGGAAUCCGAAGAGGAGCUUCUCAGGAAAGAAGAAGAGGUGGUUACGUUCAACCAUUUCCUGGAAACAGCAGCUGAGAAGGAGGUUCAAGGAAAAGCUCGGCUGCAGGACUUCAUAGAGAAUCUGCUGCACCGGGUCGAGCUAGCGGAAAAGCAGCUGGAGUACUACCACAGCCAGCAGGGGGCCGGCCCCUGCGGGGAUCCCCGAGAGCUCGCGCUUACAGAUAUCUCCUCAAAUAGGAAGCCCAAAUGCCUAAGCCGAGGGCACCUGCAUUCUGUGUAUAACCACCCUGAUCUCAAGGCCCAUUUCCAUCCAAAGGGAAGGAUGAAAAAAGCCAAGGAUGACAGAGCCAGCGUGCAGCCCGCUAAGUCCCUGCAUGAGCAGACCGAGUCGCCAAGAGAACUCUGCAGACCAGCAAAGAAAGGGGAGCCUCUGGGGUUCGGCCGGAAAGGCAACAUCAGACCCAAAAUGGCCAAAAAAAAGCCGACAGCCAUUGUGAACAUCAUCUAAAAGGUUGGGUGGUUCUGGACCCCAGCACUGGGCUUUGGGAAGUGUGUUCUAGGGGGCAUCAGUAGUGUCCUUUUGGACACACUGUGUUAUAAAACAUAUUUCAUGUCAAUGUGGGCAUUGACCUGGAUUAACCAGAAUUUAACAAAUGGGAAUCUUGGUGAACCAGGCUUUUAUACAAGUCCCUUUUGGAAGCAGGAGGCAGAUUACAGAAUUGUUUUUAAAAUAAUGAAAUCAGUCUUAUUCCAAAGUUUUAGUAAAAUGAAGCUAGCUCCAGCUCUUAAAAUAAUUGGCCCAGUAAAGUUCUAUGAAAUAAAAAUAUUUUUGUUUUUAACCUCACUGUCAGUUAAUUUGGGAGCCUCCAAAAUAAAGCUUCUUGUUUCCCUGAAAAUUCUGGUUAAUCGAGAUUCCAGUGUUUGGGUUGCUUCAAGAACUCAUCCCAUUAGAUUUCAGUUGUCAUCUCGACAGACUGUUUUCCAGUUUGUUCGAUUCAGGUUUUUUGUUUCCCUGGAUGCAUGUUCAUUCUUAUUUUGGUGCCUCUGCUUUCUUCCUUGGCUGAGUAUUCUGCACUCUAAGACUGUGCUGCCAGCCUCUAUCUUAAUAGCUGCUUCUACUGCUGAGGUUGGGGAGGACAGUAAAACCCUUAUGCUCAGCACCCGUCAGCAGUUCAGGGUCAGAAAGGUUGGAUACCAGUGGACUACACAUUUAGUGCAUUGCGAGCCACCCAGGAGACACACAGAUGUUACUCAGCUCUUUACUAAGACCCGCUGCCCCGGGUGGUGGGGCGGAGGGGUGGUUUAUUAGCAGCCUCUCUGUCAGCUAUAGGCACAACUUUCUCCUUGCUGGCCUGACUUUUCCAUCUCUUGCUGCUUCUGUGCCAUUUUAUGACUAAAAUACACGUUCCCACCUUUCAGCCGAGUAUCUGAUGUAUUUGUUGUAUAUGGCUUUCUAAAGUGAUUUCCGAAAUAAACAGUGCAUGUGGGAUCCAGAAUCUGAAAUCAUCCUCCCCUCUCUGCCUCCCUAAAAUGGCCUUUGUUUCCAUAAAGAACCAUCUGUCAUGAACCUCCUGCUUUAUAGUUUUCUUCAAGAAUAAAUUUCUGUGUUAGUUUUUAAAAUUUAGCAAUAUCAUCAGGUCUCCCGCAGAGUUUAUAAGUGCUGACAGUCCUUUGGAAACAAGAACGGUUAUGUCCACAACUAUAUACAUAUAUAUAUAUAACAAAUACAAAAUGUAUAUGUCAAGUAUAUUAAUAAUUUAUUUUUAAAUACUCAUGAAAAAGGUGUAUGUUUGUGGUGGGUGAUUUUUAAACUAUAUAUGUUCAUGUAAAUUGAAUUCUCUGAUUUUAGAAAUUAAAGCUUAACCUAAUUAACAUUAGUAGGAUUAUGAUUGUUACUGCAAUAAGCAUCAGAUUAGCAGUGCAUUCAAAAUAGGUAACAAAACAAUUACGUAAAAUGCCAGUAAAUUGAAAAAUGUAAUUGAUACAAAUACUUUGAGCCUAUCGUAGUGAAAAUGUUGAUUUUUGAAUCUUCACUUGACUUUCAACUCAUGGGGAUAGGCCCUUCACGUGGUGUAUAGGCAGCUAUCAAGUGGUAAAAAACAUUGCUGUGAAUAUCACUGUUAGGAUAACACGGUAAAAACUGUAAUGUUAAAAUAAUUAUUUAUUUGGAGAAUUAACCUCUUCCAAGGUUAUUUAUUAUUGAUGUUUAUACCAUGAUUGCACUUACCUUUUACAUACUAAACAUUUGACUGGUUUGUUGUAUUGCAUGCUCUUUGUCCCAUAAUGUGUGUGUGUAAUGAUAGUCGUUUGCUUUUAAAGGUCGUAUAAGCCAGAUUUUUUUCCCGUUUUAUUUAAUGUAACUUACGUUUUCAGUUUUCGUUUAAUAUGCCUUGAGGGUGUGACAGCUGUCUCUGACAGUGGUACCCAGUGAUCUUCAGAAAGCACCGUAAUGCCCUGUCUACUCUGUGUACAUUAUACAAGACAAAUGAUUUUAAGGUUUAUUAUAUUAAAAUUUUUUUAAGUUGUAACUAAAUUCUGAUCCUUAUAUAAGGAAAUGCACUAUGUAUAUUGUGCUUCCUUAGAGACAUAAAUUUGGUUUUGAAACAUGCGAGCCACCUCAUUCUAAGGGAUAUCCCAUUUACCUGCCAUGGCCUGAGCCUUGUGCCAUGUCCCACUUGGGUGUUAUUUUUAAAUGCAUUCUUUGUGCUCAUGGGUAGUCAACCUCAGAGUUGGUCUUUUUAAGAAAUCACCAAAGUUUUCUAGGAAAACAUGUUAGAGUUUAAACUGAAGAAUGGAUCUAAUUUUAUUAUUUGUUUUGUAAGGAGGAAGUCUUUGUUUCAACCUGCUUUCAUUCUCUUUUCCCAAAACUAGAUUACAGAUUCUUAACUGAAAAGUUCAGACUACUUAGACACUGUUUUCCGGUAUUCUGCAGGGUCAUUUUGUUGUAUGGAAGUUGGACUAUUUGUUCCUGGAUUUUAAAUAAAGGUUUUUAGAUUAUGAAAUAUUAUAAUAAUAAAACUAUAUUUAUGCCUAA